ACCCUAAUUUUAAUCCCCAAAUUUUUAAUUUAUCUUUUUCUUUUCUUCUUUUUCUUUUUUCUUUUUUAAUUUUUAUUUUUUUUCCCUCUUUCGUUACGGAUUUGGAUCGUCCUCUCACUCGAAAAACCCUAGUUCCCUGCGAAUUUUGACCUCUGUUUUCAUCCAAUUCCAACCAUUUUCGCAUUAGAUCUGGUUCUAGGUUUUGAUUUCUGGAAUUUUACGGUUUUGUUUUGUCUCCAGGGUUCGAUUUCUUUCCAUUCUAGGGUUUGGUUUAUUGAAAAACUUUGUGGUCGUUCCAAACCCUAGCUUCAUCGAACCAAUUCGAUUUCUUCGUUUCUUUCGAGGGAAUCGGAGAUCUUUUGGUGGUUCUGAUAAAGUCGGGUUUUUUUUUUUUUUCUUUUUGAAACAAAAAGUUAGGGUUUCUAAUUUUUCGAUUUUGUUAAUAGUUUUCUCAGAGGGUGAGUGUUCGUACAUGAAUGGCUUCAGGAACAUUAGAUGCGGAUAAGAUAAGCAAAGAGAAGAGUAAGUGGGGAGGAGGCAAUAAAGUCUAUACCAGAAGACCUAAAAAGGGAAUAAAGAACGCCGCCGCCACCGCUACCGUCUCCGUCACUGCUGUUUCCUCGGCCACCACCAUCCCCUCUUCUCCGGUUACGACUGCGACCGCCGUAUCUCCAAUCACCACCGCAAAUAACGAGCAAACCCUAACACCUGACGACGCAAAUUUACGAAGGCAGCAAACUUUAAGACGGGUAGCGGAGGCGUCAGAUGAUUCCUCCGGCCAAGAUCUCCGGCAAGUGGUUGCUGAGGAAGCCAUUGUUCCUACUGGAAAUGGGGUUGUAAGACCUGUUGUUACUUUCGUUGAUGAUCGGGUGAAGAUUCAUUUGGAAGCUUCUACGUCCAAGAAUGAUAUUAAGGAGCUUAGGGAGAAGUUAACAGCUGAGCUGGAUCAAGUUAGAAGUUUAGUUCAAAGGCUUGAAGACAAAGAAGCCGAGCUUACGAACAAUUCGACUCUUCUUGGUGCUGCCGGCAUUGAUGAGGCUUAUAGUCAUUCACAGUAUCCAGGUAAUGUUAUGAUAGACAGGAGAGCUUUGCUUAGAGUUAAUUCAGAAAUGGGUGCAGAUUAUAUGGAUAGGAGAGCUUUGGCAAGAGUUCAUUCUGAAAUGCGUUCAGAUACGAUAGAUAGGAGGGCCUUGAUGAGAGUCAAUUCUGAAGUGGGUUCAUUGGCAAAUCAAGAUACGAGGUUUAGACAGCUAAAUGUAUCGGUUGUUGAUAAUAACAGUCUUGGGGCUGGUGAAUUCGUUGAGAAAGAGAAAAGGACGCCAAAGGCUAAUCAGUACUACCGGAAUUCAGAUUUUCUUCUUGGAAAGGAUAGAUUACCUCCUGAGAGUAAUAAGAGGCUGAAAUCCAAUGGAGGGAGAAAAUAUAGCAGGGAAUCGGAUUAUAUGAUUGGUCUUGAAAGGCAAAAGAAUCAGGUGUUUAGGAGUUGUAGCAAUUUGCUCCAGAGGUUGAUGAAGCACAAGCAUGGUUGGGUGUUCAAUGAACCUGUUAAUGCGAAGCAGCUUGGGCUUCAUGAUUACCAUGACAUCAUCAAACAUCCUAUGGAUUUGGGCACGAUUAAGAGUCGACUGGCCCAGAACUUCUACAAGAACCCUAGCGAAUUUGCGGAGGAUGUCAGACUCACCUUUCAUAAUGCCAUGACUUAUAAUCCAAAAGGGCAAGAUGUCCAUGUUAUGGCUGAACAACUAUCAAAUAUAUUUGAAGAAAGAUGGACGGUGAUUGAGUCUGAGUAUAAUAGAGACUGGAGGUACGGAACAAUUCAUGGUGCGGGCACACCCACUCCAACUUCAAGAAAGGUUCAUCAUUUUGCGCAUGCCCCUAUAAGAACUCUGGAUAGGUCAGAGCCCAUGACUUUGCCUUACGUGUCUAGGCCAAAACCGUCAAACUUUGCCCCAUCAAGUAGGACACCUGUGCAAACGAAACCUAAAGCCAAGGAUCCCAAUAAGAGGAACAUGACUUAUGAAGAGAAGCAAAAGCUCAGCGCAAACCUUCAGAGCUUACCUUCGGAAAAGCUUGACAACAUCGUGCAGAUCAUCAAGAAGAGUAAUACUUCUCUUUCUCAACAUGACGAUGAGAUUGAAGUUGAUAUCGACAGUGUUGAUGUCGAAACUCUAUGGGAACUUGAUCGGUUUGUCACCAAUUACAAGAAGAGUUUAAGCAAGCACAGAAGGAAAGCUGAGCUUGCUCAGCAGGCAAGAGCUCUAGCUGGAAAUGCAAAUCGGACCAUGCUAGAAAAUCCAGCAACAUCCAUCCCAGAGGCACCAACGGAAAAGAGAGCAGCUGAGAAGAGUCUUGCUGCUAUUCCUGCAAACCAAGGAGAUAUCAGAGGGGAUAAUGUCAGUAGGUCUAGUAGUUCAAGCAGUUCGAGCAGCGAUUCUGGAUCCUCUUCAAGUGAUUCAGAUAGUGACAGUUCCUCCGCAGAUGGAUCAGAUGCAGGGCAUUCACCUAGGUGUUGAACGGAGCAGAGCAAGAUUGUAGCGGAUUUUUAUUGAAAUUACAAAAAAUGGUGCUUCUGAUAUAAUGGCCGAACCCGGAUGAUGUGCAGAAGGAUGUCAAGUUGAAAUUAUGUUUGAACUUGUUGAGGUGAUGGCUUCGAGUUCGAUUCAGUUAGAAAUUAGGGUGUAUGAAAUAGAUGUUUUUAGAGAUACGGGAACUCCUUGGCGUAGCAAAUGUAGGUUUAGUUGCAAGGAACCGGAACCCGUCGUCAUCGUAGGGGUUUGGAAUUUAAUAGAAAAGAUUGGUUUCAUAAGUUGGUGUUUUGCCCUUCAUUAUAUUCUUUGUAAUGAUCUCAGUCAGAUGCCAAAUGGGAAGAAAAAAAAAACAUGUAUAGUUCCUGCUGCCAUUUUCUAUUUCUCUAACUUUGCAAACUUCUGCUUGAAAUAUUCAAUUUGCAGCCAAAAGUUAUAAAAUAUUUGCUUUUAUGGAA